AUGGAUAUUCACAUCUGUCUCUCCUCGCAGACAGGUUCGGCGGGCGACGCGUUUGAUGGACCCAGCAGAAGCCAAAUGGAAGAAGGGCCAAUUAAUUAUGUGGAAGAAAGGCGGCUGAAGGAGGGCAGCGGGCUCAGCCUGGCGAAUGGGGGCCGGCCGGAGGUGGGGGGUACGGUGCUGAUGGAGCCCAGCGGCUGGUCGCCGGGCCAGCCGCCCGCCACUGGCAAAGCCCACUUGGAAGACGUCCGGAACCUGGUGGCCUUUUCAGCGGUGGCCGAAGCCGUUUCCUCCUACCGGCUCCCGCUGCCGGGGUCGCCGUCGCUGCUGUACGAGAAGUUCGACUCGGAGAUGAGCCGGGGCGGGCUGGGCACGGCAGACGGGGUGCCGCGGGGAGAGGACCUGCACGCCCUCAAGGCCGCCCUGGCUUUGGCCAAGCACGGUGUGAAGCCCCCCAACUGCAACUGCGACGGCCCCGAGUGCCCCGACUACCUGGAAUGGCUGGAGCAGAAAAUCAAGACGGCUCUCGGAGAAGAGCUGGCAUCACCGCGGCCCCGCUCCGCCGCCGUCCCACCGCCUCCUCCUCCCCCAGAAGGUGCUAUCGACCCCCAGCCGGUGCCUGAGGCUGCCGAGCCGUGCCCGCCCGACGGCCUCCCCUUUUCCCAGAGCGCGUUGACCAUCGCCAAGGAGAAGAACAUCAGCCUGCAGACCGCCAUCGCCAUCGAAGCCCUCACGCAGCUCUCGGCCGCUCUGCCCCAGCCCGCGGGCGAUGGGCAGCCCCCGCCGCCGCCGCCGCCCGCCGUCCCCUUCGCCCCCGGCCCCCUCGGCCCGCCGGGGGCCGCGUGGCAGCGAGGGGACGAGCCCCGAUACCCGCCAGAACCGGGAGCAGCACCUGAGCCAUUUUUCGGCGCGGCACCUCCGCGGGGGAACUUCGCGGCCUCUUGGGGGCUGGAGGCCGAGGGGGCAGCGGGGGCUGGAGACCCCAUGGCAGAGCUGGAGCAGCUGCUGGGUAACGCCGACAACUACAUCAAGGCGGCUUUCAAGAGACCCGAAGCGACGGCCGGCAAAGUGACAGCCCCCAAAACGGAACCCCCCGAGCGAGCAGCCAGCAAAGAAGCACCGGGCGGCCCCCAUUUUCCAUCGGCACCGCCGGAGCCCGACCUGCACAAGAAGACGCAGCUGGUCCUGCAGCAGCAUCUCCACCACAAGCGCAGCCUCUUCCUCGAGCAAAGCCUGGCGACGGCGGCGGUGGCACCCCCAGACCGGCCCGGCGGCUGGUGGGCUCCCGGCACCCCGGCCGCGCCCCCCAAACCCUUCGAAAAGCAGCCCAAAGAGAAGAAGAAGAAAACGCCGCCCGAAAAGCCCCCACCGGCCAAACCUCUCCGCAAGCAAGUGCAGAUCAAGAAGGCGAAGCAGAAGGACUCGCAGGGUGCCCCCGGGGGGGGCCCCCAAAUUCACUCGGCGCCGGCGGGCUCGGCCGGCUCGGAGGAAGCGCCGGCUGCACCCCCGGCGGCCACCUCAGCCCCCAUCAUGGUGGAUGACAAGUUGGAAGAGCUGAUCCGACAAUUUGAAGCUGAGUUUGGGGAGAAUUUCAACCUGCCGCCCCCCGAAACGCCUGCGCUGCUCGCUCCUGGGGCUGCUGAGCUGCCGGGGGAGCCAGCACCAGCGCCUCAAGGGUCCCCCGCCGCCGCCGCCGCCGCCGCCGCCCCGGCCCCGAGCAGCGCUCCCCAAGCCGGACCCAAAAGCAUCUCUCCAGGGAAGGGGCUGCUGUCAGAGCCACCCUUCACUGCCCGCUCCCCCAAACAGAUCAAAAUCGAGUCUUCUGGUGCUAUCACCGUGGUGUCUACCACGUGUUUUUACUCUGAGGAAAGCCAAAACCCGGACGUGGACGACGUCGACAGAACACCCACCAAGGACGAGGUGCCGCUGACGCCCACCCUGAGCGGCUUCUUGGAGUCUCCGCUGAAAUACCUGGACACUCCGACCAAAAGCCUCCUGGACACCCCGGCCAAGAGGGCGCAGGCUGAGUUCCCCACCUGUGACUGCGUUGAGCAAAUCGUGGAGAAGGACGAGGGGCCGUAUUACACCCACCUGGGCUCGGGGCCCACCGUGGCCUCCAUCCGGGAGCUGAUGGAGGAGCGGUACGGCGAGAAGGGCAAGGCCAUCCGCAUCGAGAAGGUCAUCUACACGGGCAAGGAGGGCAAGAGCUCCCGGGGCUGCCCCAUCGCCAAGUGGGUGAUCCGCAGACACAACCAAGAGGAGAAACUGCUGUGCCUGGUGCGGCACCGGGCCGGCCACCACUGCCAGAACGCCGUCAUCAUCAUCCUCAUCCUGGCCUGGGAGGGCAUCCCCCGCACGCUGGGGGACACGCUGUACCAGGAGCUCACCGACACCCUCACCAAGUACGGCAACCCCACCAGCCGCCGCUGCGGCCUCAACGACGACCGGACCUGCGCGUGCCAAGGCAAGGACCCCAACACCUGCGGCGCUUCCUUCUCCUUCGGCUGCUCCUGGAGCAUGUACUUCAACGGCUGCAAAUACGCCCGCAGCAAAACUCCCCGCAAGUUCAGGCUGGUGGGAGACAAUCCCAAAGAGGAAGAGCUGCUUCGGAGAAGCUUUCAGGACUUGGCCACCGAGGUUGCUCCGCUUUACAAGAGGCUGGCACCGCAAGCCUACCAAAACCAGGUCACCAACGAGGACGUGGCGAUCGACUGCCGGCUGGGCUUGAAGGAGGGGAGGCCGUUCUCGGGGGUGACAGCGUGCAUGGACUUCUGUGCUCACGCUCACAAGGACCAGCAUAACCUCUACAACGGCUGCACCGUGGUCUGCACGCUGACGAAGGAAGACAAUCGUGUGGUGGGGAAAAUUCCCGAAGAUGAGCAGCUGCACGUCCUCCCCCUCUACAAGAUGUCCAGCACGGAUGAGUUUGGCAGUGAGGAGAACCAAAACGCCAAGGUGGGCAGCGGGGCCAUCCAGGUGCUCACAUCCUUCCCCCGCGAGGUCCGCAAGCUGCCCGAGCCCGCCAAGUCCUGCCGGCAGCGGCAGCUGGAGGCCAGGAGAGCUGCUGCCGAGAGGAAGAAGCUGCAGAAAGAGAAGCUGAUGACGCCGGAGAAGAUCAAGCAGGAAGCGCUCGAGCUCCCCACACUCCAGCCAAAUGCAGGUAUGGCGUUGAAAGGCGGGCUACCCCCGCAGCCGCUGAAACCUUCCAUCAAGGUGGAACCCCAGAGCCAUUACAACGCCUUCAAGUACAACGGCAACGCGGUGGUGGAGAGCUACUCGGUGCUGGGCAGCUGCCGGCCCUCCGACCCGUACAGCAUGAACAGUGUUUACUCUUACCAUUCCUACUAUGCACAGCCCAAUCUGCCUUCCGUGAACGGGUUUCAUUCCAAGUUCGCGCUCCCCUCCUUCGGGUAUUACGGCUUUUCCAGCAACCACGUGUUCCCCUCGCAGUUUCUCAAUUACGGGGCGCCCGAGAGGAGCGGGAGCGGCUGGGUGAGCAACGGCUACGAGAAGAAGCCCGACGUGUCGGCGCUGCAGGAGAACCUCAACCACACCUAUGGGAGCGGCAGUUUCCCUGAGCCCAUCCCGCACGGCGUGCGGAGCAAAAACCAUCACCAGCGCACCUACGAGCGAGCCAACCGCUACGCCAGCCAGCAGAAAGCAGCGGCGGCAACGGCCGGGGCGCACAGGACUAGCUCGGGCUCGGAGGAGGCGCCGUCGUUUGCACAGAACUGUUUCGGCAGCCGGCCCAUCAAGCAGGAGCCUCCAGACCCCCCGCCCGCCAUCGAGCCCCUUCCCAGCGCCGCGGCCGCGGCCGGCGCCGGCUUAACGCUGCCGGCCGUCCCCGCGCACGGCGCGGCGCCGGAGCAGCGCUGGAGCCCCUUCAAGGCGCCGCGGGGCGCGGCUUCCCCCGAGAGGACUAGCACGGCCGAGGGCUCGUGGAGCGGGCUGGCGGCGGGCUCGGGCGGGCGGGAGAAGCUGAGCGCCUUCGACGCUGCCGUGCGCUUGCCGCCGCCGGAGAAGCAGUGGUCCAACGUCCUGGCGGGAGAGGCGGCGGCGCACGGCUCGGGCUUGCUGCCGAAAGCGUGGAGCCCCUGCAAGCUGGGAGAGACGGCGCUGGCUGGCACGGGCACCCCCAGCCUGCUGGGGUCACUGGGGUUCAGCUCGGCUCUGCCAGGGCUCCCCGGCUUCCCCGAGGAGCCCUGGGGCUCCGUGAAGGUGGAGGAGAGGAGGACGCCGGCACCCAGCCCGGGGCUGCCGGAGAAGCCGUGGGAGGCAGCGGCGGGCGAGAAGGGGGUGGCGGGACCCCGCCGGGAGAAGCCGUGGGACCCUUUUGGCCUGGAGGAGGAUCUGCCUCCAGAGAAGGCGGUGAAGGAGGAAGAGGAAGAGGAGGAGGAAGAGGAGGAGGAAGAGGAAGAGGAGUGGUCGGACAGCGAGCACAACUUCCUGGAUGAGAACAUCGGCGGCGUGGCCGUGGCGCCAGCCCACGGCUCCAUCCUCAUCGAGUGCGCCCGCCGCGAGCUGCACGCCACCACCCCGCUGAAGAAACCCAACCGCUGCCACCCCACCCGCAUCUCCCUCGUCUUCUACCAACACAAGAACUUGAACCAGCCCAACCACGGCCUGGCGCUGUGGGAGGCCAAGAUGAAGCAGCUGGCGGAGCGGGCUCGGGCCCGGCAGGAGGAGGCGGCGCGCCUGGGGCUGCCGCCGGACGCCAAAGCCUUCGCCAAGAAGCGCAAGUGGGGCGGCGCCUUGGCGACCGAGGCGCCCAGCAAGGAGAGGAGGGACUCGGUCCCCACGCGGCAGGCGGUGGCCAUCCCCACCAACUCCGCCAUCACUGUGUCCUCCUACGCCUACACCAAGGUGACGGGCCCCUACAGCCGCUGGAUCUGAGACGGAGGCGACCACCGUGGCCCCAUCUUACCUCAACCCUCGGCGGCGCCGGAGCCCGGCGUUGCUUCGUGGUGCUUUCUCCUCGGGCGUGGGGGAGAAGAAAACAAAAAGUAAAUAGACGAAAGCGAAGCGAAAACACAACAACCAGAAAAAUAAAAAUAAAAAAAUAAAAAUCAAAAAAAUCCAACCCCAUAGGAAACGAACCCAACGGGAGCGGCGGAGCUGGCGCGGGCUCAGGCCGUCGGAGAGCUGCGCCCGGCGAGGAGUUGGCAAACCAAGCGAAAACUUGGUUGGAAAACCCAAGAGGAAAGAUGCUGUUUGAUGAUUUUAGGUAAUCUCAUAUUUAUAUCUCCAUGUUUUUUAAUCUAGCCUCGGAUGAAUUUCCUAGCGUCCUUUCGCAAAGGAGAGGUUUUUAAUUCCACUUGAAACGGCCUGUUUGUUGGGUUUUAUUUUAUUUCAUUUUUUACUCCGAUGACAACGACGAAGCCGAUCUUCAAAAGAGAAGCCAACAUCGAAAAACCACCCUAAUCAUGAAUCCAAACCAACCCGAACACCAAACCAGCUCAAAGGCAAGAGGUGACCCCCUCCAGCUCCGCCGCGGGGGCUGCAGGGACCGUGUGCUUUACCGUAAGCCGGACACGCUGAACAUCCAAUUAUUUUUAUUCCUAAAGGACCUAGAAAACACCAGUUUUGCAGCUGGAGGAAUCCUUUCUCACAGCCAGCGGGCUGUCCCGGGACGGCGCGUCUCCGCUGGGUUCUGCCGCCCCGGCGGGAUCGGUUCUGCCGCCACGGAGCAAGCCGGCGUCUCUCCCGGCGCCGGAGACCUCAGGACACGUCCGGGCUGGGGAACGCCGCUGCCGGGGGGCCGCGCUUGGGCUCGGACUUGGGGCUCCUUUGCCCACGGC